AUGACAACCACAGUUCCAGCCAUUUAUGCGUUCCCAGAGUUUUCUGGCGUGGCGGCCGCAGUAGCUGACCACGUUGUAGCAGCUCAGAACGCCGCCCUGUCGGGAAAUUCUAAAGGCUCGUCGUCAGGAUCCAGUACCGGCGGCGGAUCCAACACUCCAACCAAUAGCCACAGUCGUACUCAUAGCACGAAUACCAGCCACAGCCGGAAUGGCGGGGGCGAUGGGUCGUCAGGCGGACGGCGGUUCAAAAUCGGGUUAUCAGGAGGUUCAUUAAUUGCAGUUUUAAAUGAAGGUUUAUUGGCUAGAAAUGAUGUUUUAUGGGACAAGUGGGAUAUUUAUUUUGCCGAUGAGCGGUUAGUCCCAUUUUCCGAUCCAGAGAGUAAUUACGGUUUAGUAAAGCGACAUUUGCUAGAUCUGAUUCCCGAAGACAAACCCCGUCCUCGGGUAUUCCACGUGGACGAGUCUUUAAUUGACGAUGCUCAAGAGGCAGCUGACGCUUAUGAGAAGACGCUUAUUCGAGGGUUUGCUGCUAAAGAUUCAGUCAAACUUCCAAUGUUCGACUUGCUGCUAUUGGGAUGCGCCCCUGAUGGCCAUACAUGUUCACUGUUCCCUCAUCAUCCUUUACUUCGUGAAAACCUCGCGUGGGUAGCCCCUAUAGAAGACGCCCCCAAGGCCCCUGCCCGAAGAAUCACACUGACUCUGCCCGUCAUCUGUCACUCGCAUCGUGUUACAUUUGUCGUCGAGGGUCAAGUCAAGGCCCCAAUCAUCAAGACGAUUAUGGAACGUCCCGAGAAGGGCUCUCCUUGCAGUCUUGUCAAUGAGGGAGCAGCAGGUAAAGUCAGCUGGUUUGUGGACGACGAAGCGUUAACCGGCGUGUUCGUGACCAAAAAGGAGUACAAGAUGCAAGUCAAAUAA